AUGCGAGUGGCUUUUAAAGUUAGCCGAAAUCCCUCCGCAGCUGGCGGCGGCUGGCGUUCUGCGCGCGGCUUACUGGGGCUCUGGCUUCUCCGCUUCUCUCACCGCAGCAGAUUUCUUACUCUGGGCUUUAACUUUGUUGUGGCCGCCCGAGGCACCCUGCGCGGCAGCUCUCAGGGCUGGUGGGAACCCGUGCGUGUUCCUAGCCUGCUGACCCGCAGGGCUGGGCCAGGCUUAGCUACCCAGGAGUCUCCGUUACCGCGGGCCCAGCGCCUGCUCCUGGUCGGAGACCUGGGUAGCCCGGGUUCGCGAGGCACCAACAUCUGGUGCGCAGCCAGACGAGCUCUAUCCAUCCAGGGCCUCCUUCCUCCUCCGGGGCUCUCUUCCAGGAGCCGACUUUGCUCCUACAAGAACGGACUUUGGGGUGACCAGCGGUUUGAUGAGGAUGCAGGAACUCAGGACAGGCUUGGAGGAAUCUUUGAGUAUGCGGACGGCCCCAACGCCCAGGUCAUGAACGCCGAGGAGCAUGCCUUUCGAUUUUCUGCCAACAUCAUCAACAGGAACAGGACUCUGCUGCCCAACACAACCUUGACUUAUGACAUUCAGAGGAUUCACUUCCAUGACAGCUUCGAGGCCACCAAGAAGGCCUGUGACCAGUUGGCGCUGGGUGUUGUAGCCAUCUUUGGGCCAUCACAGGGCUCAUGCACCAAUGCAGUCCAGUCCAUCUGCAACGCCUUGGAGGUGCCCCACAUCCAAUUGCGCUGGAAACACCAUCCCCUGGACAACAAGGAUACCUUCUACGUGAACCUCUACCCCGACUACGCCUCUCUCAGCCACGCCAUCCUCGACUUGGUCCAGUCCCUCAAGUGGCGAUCAGCCACUGUGGUCUAUGAUGAUAGCACAGGUCUCAUCCGGCUGCAGGAGCUCAUCAUGGCUCCAUCCAGGUACAACAUUCGCCUGAAGAUCCGCCAGCUCCCCAUCGACUCAGAUGACUCACGCCCCUUGCUCAAGGAGAUGAAGCGGGGCCGGGAGUUCCGCAUCAUCUUUGAUUGCAGCCACACCAUGGCAGCUCAGAUCCUCAAGCAGGCCAUGGCCAUGGGCAUGAUGACUGAAUACUACCACUUCAUCUUCACCACUCUGGAUCUCUACGCACUAGACCUGGAACCCUAUCGCUACUCAGGGGUGAACCUGACUGGGUUCCGCAUACUCAAUGUGGACAACCCCCAUGUCUCAGCCAUUGUAGAGAAGUGGUCCAUGGAGCGGCUACAGGCAGCUCCCCGGGCAGAGUCUGGCCUGUUGGAUGGAGUGAUGAUGGGUUCUGGGGGCCAGGCAAAAGCAGCCAUGAAAUACUGGGCUAUAACUGGCCACUUCCAGAACCCAGGUACCCUGCAGAGUCCAGUCUUCCCUUUGUCCGAUUCCAAGUUGCCCAUCUCCCUGUCUGACUGCGUGACAGGAUCUGACACGGGCUCCCCCUUCCCAGGGCUUCGAGGCGGGGGCUCGUUUGAGCGCAUCCGAGAUCGAUGUUGUACACGAGAAGGUGCAGAUGUAGAUCUGGCUAAAGAGCGUAAUAGAAUUUAUGGAAAUCGCUGGCUCGCUCAAUGGGAAGGAUUAACUGGACGGAUUGUUUUCAACAAAACCAGUGGCUUUUUUUUUUUUUUUUUUUUUUUUUUUUUUAAAGAGGAUGGCCUGGAGAAGGUUGGGGUGUGGAGUCCAGCUGACGGUCUCAACAUCACUGAGGUUGCCAAAGGCCGAGGUCCUAAUGUCACAGACUCUCUGACCAACAGGUCUCUCAUUGUCACUACUGUGCUGGAGGAGCCCUUUGUCAUGUUCCGCAAGUCUGAUAGGACCCUUUAUGGCAAUGACCGGUUUGAGGGAUACUGCAUCGACUUGCUGAAGGAGCUGGCGCAUAUCCUGGGCUUCUCCUAUGAGAUCCGGCUGGUGGAAGACGGCAAGUACGGGGCACAGGACGACAAGGGCCAGUGGAACGGCAUGGUCAAGGAGCUCAUUGACCACAAAGCAGAUCUGGCUGUGGCCCCCUUAACCAUCACCCAUGUCCGAGAGAAGGCCAUCGACUUCUCUAAGCCUUUUAUGACCCUUGGAGUGAGCAUCUUAUAUCGCAAGCCCAAUGGCACCAACCCCAGUGUCUUCUCCUUCCUCAACCCCCUUUCCCCGGACAUCUGGAUGUACGUGCUCCUCGCCUACCUGGGUGUCAGCUGUGUCCUCUUCGUCAUUGCCAGAUUCAGCCCUUACGAGUGGUAUGACGCCCAUCCCUGCAACCCCGGCUCCGAGGUGGUGGAGAAUAACUUCACAUUGCUCAACAGCUUCUGGUUUGGAAUGGGCUCCCUGAUGCAACAAGGCUCUGAACUGAUGCCCAAAGCUCUGUCUACCCGUAUCAUCGGCGGCAUCUGGUGGUUCUUCACACUCAUAAUCAUCUCCUCCUACACGGCCAACCUGGCUGCCUUUCUGACUGUGGAGCGCAUGGAGUCACCCAUAGACUCUGCUGAUGACCUGGCCAAGCAGACCAAAAUUGAGUAUGGUGCUGUCAAGGAUGGGGCCACCAUGACCUUCUUCAAGAAAUCCAAGAUCUCUACCUUCGAGAAGAUGUGGGCCUUCAUGAGCAGCAAGCCCUCGGCACUGGUGAAAAACAAUGAGGAGGGUAUCCAGCGGACGCUCACAGCUGACUACGCUCUGCUCAUGGAGUCCACUACCAUAGAGUAUAUCACACAAAGGAACUGCAACCUCACCCAGAUUGGUGGCCUCAUUGACUCCAAGGGCUAUGGCAUCGGCACACCCAUGGGCUCCCCCUACCGGGACAAAAUCACCAUCGCCAUCCUGCAGCUGCAGGAGGAAGACAAACUACACAUCAUGAAGGAGAAGUGGUGGCGAGGCAGUGGGUGCCCAGAGGAGGAGAACAAGGAAGCCAGCGCGCUGGGCAUCCAGAAGAUCGGCGGCAUCUUCAUCGUCCUGGCUGCCGGCUUAGUCCUGUCCGUGUUGGUGGCAGUGGGCGAGUUUAUAUACAAACUCCGCAAGACAGCGGAGCGGGAGCAGCGCUCCUUCUGCAGCACAGUAGCCGAUGAGAUCCGCUUCUCCCUCACCUGCCAGCGCCGUCUCAAGCACAAGCCACAGCCUCCUAUGAUGGUCAAGACUGACGCAGUCAUCAACAUGCACACAUUUAAUGAUCGCAGGCUUCCGGGCAAGGAUAGCAUGAGCUGCAGCACCUCGCUAGCCCCUGUCUUCCCCUAG